AUGCCAGUUGACGACGCCGUCGAUAUGUAUAAGAAGAGAUGCAUGACUGUUGGGACCCUGUCAAAGUACUGGCUAUCCCCUGCCACGUGGGCCUCUCGAAGAGACAAGGAAUUGAAUCUGUCAUCGUCGCUGAGUCGUGGAAAUUACACCUACACCAACAGAUAUAACAGAUUCAGCAGCCGUCUAUACUAA